UCACGCUGCUUCGGUACGGUGUCUGUGUGUACUGUGCAGGAUUCGCGGUGCUGUUGCCGGUACUUUUUUGCUCCAAGGCAGCAUCCAUUCCAUUCAUUCGGUGGUCGGAUUUUGGGUAGCCAGUAGCCGGAUUAUUGUUGCCAGGCUUUCGAAGGGGCGGAUGGGUUCCGGGUUUGUGGCGGAGGACUCGACUUCCGGAUUGCGGUUCCGGAUGGCCUCCGAGGAAUACUUACUCUUUUAAACAUUUCUGCAGGCGUCUCGGUUUCGGCCCAGAAAUUGACGCGCUUCCAGUCGAGGGGAUGAUAAUUUAAUUAUUCAGAGAAGCGCGUAUGUGAUUCGAUUACGGAAUCGGAAUUCUCUUGCUCUUGGUGGAAUAGCCGGAAGGCUCUGUGUGGUGUUUUUUUCGGGUGUUUCUUACUGUUGGAUGCCAGCCAAAGGAUGUAAACAGGCGAUGAUGACGUGAAAAGAGCCAUAUCCGGCAAGUGUGGAUUACUGGGUAGGGAUGUGAAAAGUCGGUUUUCCUGACUCUCUUGGGAGGUCACCGAUACGGGUGCUUGACGACAAUAUUUGUGGAGAAUCGAAGAAGAAAAAAUAACGCCAUUCCGACUGUGUUCUUCUCUGAGCAGCGACCUUGGGUGAUGAAAUUUCCGCCGGGAAUAAUGGAAAGUAAAUUUUCGUCGCCGCGGCUUUCACAUUGGCUCAGCCCAGUAUUAUGCAAACAAGUGAAUUGGAGCGUGAAAUUGUGAACGACAUGGAGUGAGUUUUUAUCUCGACAAGUACGAAUCGUUCGCUGAGAAAGGUCAUCGUGAAUCUGACCUUCCAACGAAAUCAAAUCUCCUGCUCUUUGAAGUUUCACUUUCGCUGUUACGAUUACAUUUGUGGCCGCAUGAUAAGGACCGUGACCACAAGACCGAAAUAGAAAGUCAUUCAGCCAAUCACAAAACAAUCAAUUGGAAACAGGAAAAAAACACAGUGGGAUUCCAACGAUUGCGUGUCUACGAAAACCGGGAAGACCUUUCUUAGAUUUCCGCAGCCUGAAUGUAUGCAAUAGUUUCAAAAGAACAAAAGAACCGCCCAAAAACGUUCGACUCCAUUUUAGGACGACCCCCUGUAAGGUUUUUCUUUCCCAUCGAUCCGUAACAUCAUUCGGUCCGUCAUUUGACCGAACUCAAGCCCACGUGCGCCCUCAAAUAUUGCCGAAAUUCAAAAAACUUUCCACAAAGUUCAACGUAAGCAUUUGGCGCAUAACUUUCGGCUCUCGGAUUACGACAGAUUUUGUCGUCUUUUUUUUUGUUCGCUGCUGCUACUCGUGUUGUGUUCAUCCUCUCAACGGAAGCCAAUACAAUCCUCUUCUAAAUCGUGUGAAUGUUUCGGCUUCGAAGAUAACGGUUCAACAAACCUUAGAGGAAAAGCCUCUGUGUUUAGUAUACGUAUAUGUACGAAGCUGUGUGUCUAUCAAAAGUGGGAAGCUUUCGGUUUGUCGACAGGUCACCCGAGGAAAGAAAAAAAAGUUUCGUCCCAUAAGAGUUUAAAAGAAAAUACAACAAACAGAGCUAUUUCUAAUUUCCAGAUUGGAUGGAAGGAAAACAAAACUUCAGUCGGAAGAAGUGGAUUGCAAAUACCAUAUCGCCAGGAGCUGUUUAAGAAAUUUGCGAAUUUUCUUAGGAUUGUUUCGGGGUAAAUACAGCAGCAGCAGCAGAUUCGGGUGAGGAAAAUCCCUUGCUCCAUUAUACUGAGAGUAAAUAGCUGAAAUAAGAAAAGAAAAAGUGAAAACGAGUAGAGCUCACACGAGCGUCUCGAAACGAAAGUGGUGCUUCUUCUACAUUCUCAUACGAGUGCACGUUUUGAAACCAUUCAACAAUCCUUUCUCUGGUGCUCUGAAGAAGAAAAAAAAAGUUAAUUCAGACGGGUUUGGAAAAGUGUGCUGAGGGAAAACCGACAACACUGAACCAAUUGGUCUCUGCGGGAAGGGAGGAAAUUUCUGUCACCAGCUGGGUGAAUUCCCUUGCGACUUAACUUACAAAGGUAUCUAACGAGAACAACUCAGUAGAAGAUAAAUUUUAAUCACAAGAAUGAAUCUAUAAACUGCAACAGCAGAAAAUUAUGGCCCAGCAAAACUUCUCGGGGACAAAAGCCGAUUAAGGAUAACAGAUAUUUUCCAUUUAUCCGAUUCGGAACGGACGGAAGCAGCUCCAGGCGUUGAAAGAUAACGGUUCUGGGUUGGAGUGUGUGGAAGUGUGGGUGUGGACACUUCUUAAGUGAGUCGUAUUUCCCAGUUCGCACCCAGGAAAGGGCAUCCAGAACGAUACGAAUGGGCGCCUCAAUUUGGUACCCUCAAGUGAGUGGUCAUCGGGCAAAGGAAGGAAACUAUAACAGACUGUGUAGAUUGUCUGGCUGUUGAGGACAGCUAAUAAUCCCGUAAAUCCACCAACGACAAACCAGACCGAUCCGGGUCAACCGAAAACCGAGAGGAAAACCCAGAAACCGCUCCGACAUCCGGUCAUAUUUUCCGCAACGUCGCCGGUCUCUGGGUUGGGUUGAUUCCUUGCGUCCGUUUGGAGUCAUCGUCGAUGGCCAUCGGGCAGAGAUAUCAUUGACCGGGCGGUGCAAAAGCACGAAAACGAAUAACCGGAGAGUUUCGGGAGCACUCCCCGAGGGGUAAGAACCAGAUAAAGACGUGCCCAGACCCAAACAUCGCAAAGCCUGCCGGAUAAAGGGUUUUGCUCAUAAACCAAUCCGUCUCCCCCUGGUCCUUCAACAGGAACAAGGAAAGGGGCGAAAACGGGGAGUUCAGGGUAAAGGCGACAACGACCACGACUGUGGCCAAGAAAUUGACUAGCAACAUUCUCCCGGCAGCCGAGGGACUUGGCUGAACCAACGUUGGAGAAACGCCCGUCCUUGGCAUAUCAACAUUGGAAUCAUCAUCACCAUCAGCUGAGGUCAUGCUGGUCUGGAGCAACGGACCGAAGCGAAGACGGCGAAGGCGAAGGUUGGAGCAGCUUGGAGCUUCGACGAUAGGCCUUCCCGGUCUCGGGCAUCUGACGAAAUGGUGCACCACCCUGUUCAUCAUACUGGAAUCGACAAACGUUGGCGGCGGUCUGCUGAUAACGGCAUCGACCACGACAUUGCCCUCGUCGUCGUCUCGCUCCUCCUCAUCACUUUCAGCAGUGUCAUCAUCAUCGGUGGACCAAAACGACACCGGGAGUUUUUCUAUCACACCCACCUCCUCCACCCCCACAGCAGGGCAGGGCAACAUCAGCAGGAGCAAUGGCGGCGGAUUGGAGGAAACGUCGUCGUCGUCGUCGAUAAGCGGCAGUCGUCAGACUUCUGUCGCUCCAACCUGGGCAACCACCCUAGAGCCUGGGAGCUCCUUGAACCCCGAAAGCGUCAAGGCAGGUGGUACCAUGGCCAGUGCGGUGUCAUCAUCUCUCCUAGCUCAUCCGCUGCUUCCACACUUCGAAGCGCUGGUCCAACAACUGGAACCGCAACAUGGUGGCCUAGGCGGCAGCGAUGAUACCGAUAAUGGGCACCACCCUUCUUCCCCGACGGCGGCGUCGAUUCCAACCGGAGCGGAUGAUCCCCUCUUCCUGUUAGGCGGAUUUCGGUUUCCCGCCCAUCUGAACCCUCCCGAGGACCUUUUGUCCCCGCUAAUGGCAGCUCCUGCCUCCUCGUCGUCGCUUGGUGAAAGAACUAGCCCACUCGUCGUGGCGCCACAACAGCCCAAAUCCAGUCUAGUUAAUUUAAAUUUAGUAAGCAGUAGCAGUAGUUUAAGUGGAAGUAUUAGUGGUAGUAAAUUGAAAAGUGCUAGCUUAAGUGUAGGAAAUACUAGUGGGGGAGGGAAAACGGUGGGGCCAAAGAAGUCUCUAGGAAGCGGCAGUGCGGGUCCCUUGGAAUCGGAACCGGCAUCGGCGGUAAAUCGAAUCGAUUCGCCGGGUGCCGGUGGAGGGGAUUUCCGAGAAUUCGGGGAAGGAAACUUCAGCAAGAUGUACUUCGAGACGGAAAAUUUGACCACCAUUUCGGCCCAGGUCGGCUCCAUUACGGUGCUGCCCUGCGUGGUGCGGAAUAUCGGCGAGGGAGUGGUGUCCUGGAUCCGCCGGAAGGACUAUCAUCUUCUCACCAUCGGAGUGACAACCUACAGCAGUGAUGAGCGCUUCAACAUCAUCCGCUCCGAGGAUUCCGAGGAGUGGCCGCUUCAGAUCAAAUACGUACAGCUGCGGGAUGCCGGGCCUUACGAGUGCCAGGUUUCGACCCACCCACCCACAUCGAUAUUUGUCCAGCUGGAUGUUGUCGAAGCAAAAGCGGAAAUAUUCGGCCCUUCGGAGAAGUAUCUGAAGCCGGGUUCGACGUUGAGGCUGACAUGCCGCGUGGUCCAAAGCAACGAGCCGCCACUUUAUAUCUUCUGGUACCACAACAACCGCAUGAUCAAUUAUGACGUCCACCGGGGAGUUAAUGUGUCCACCGAGUCCGACAACCGAUUCUCGGAGUUGGUGAUUACUCACACUAAUACGCUAAAUUCCGGAAACUAUUCGUGCGUUUCCAACAAUGCAGUCGCCGCCUCGACGCUGGUGCACAUCCUCAAUGGUGAAAAUCCAGCCGCCAUGCAGCACGGCGAUCAUGGCCGGGGGGUUCUUCUGGAACCGGUCCACAUCCAGCUGCUGUUGACAGCUUUAACAUAUCAGGUCAUCAAUUCGUUGUUAUGUGCUCAUUAAAAGGAAGCGAACGAUGGGCGAUGAACGAUGGCAACUGACCAGCUGGAAGACGCGAGUCAGCCGAUGUGGAAUCCCGGAAACGGUUCAUCUUUUCCAGGAUUUCGAUUCCUCCCAACAGAUGGGGCAGAAAAUGGACCGGUCAAGAGUACCAAUUUUGUGAGCGAUCAAUGACGAAUGUGUGUGUACAUAUUUUUGUUUACACGUGGAAGUGAUUGCAUGAAUCCGUGAGAUUGUGUGUGUGGUUGGGUGAAUGUGUUUGUAUAGCAUAGUGAAAAAUCCUGAGUACACAAAAUUAAAACAAUAUCAAUGUCACAAAGCAUAAAGCGAAAAAUUCUGUGUCGAAGUUAUCGGGAAAUGGGAACGAUACUUUUCAAUAUCCGGUUCAAUUGGAUUCGAUAGGAGAUAUCGAGACCCAUGAAUGCUCACAGAAAUUCAGAAAUGCAAAAACAUCAACUCACCUACAGACAAACAGACAGGAAACAUUUCCUGUUUUUGGUGGGCACUGGCUGGUUGAUAAGUAGAGAUAAUGUGUUUAUAUAUUUCCGCUCCCAUCAACCCGAAUUUAACGAUCUUCCGAACGGGUGAGCAUGAAAAUAAAAUUAUCGAAUAAAACAGUGCUUUUUUAUGGCACACGCGGAAGUCGAGGCAGAACGCUGGACAGGCAAGCAGGAAGGAGCAUUAACUACUAGUAAAAUCAAAAGCUGUUGACUGUGCUGUCGAAUGCCGUUAAGUGAUGAAAUGGGUGAAUAAAUGCCUGCUAGUUUAUUCGGGGCUUCCGGGCUUUAACUCGUCCGUUGCAAAGCAAAACAAGAUUACACUUAAUCGGAGUGAGAAACUCACUAGGUUUUAUUGCACCAAUAUUUGAUCAUUACUUUUAAUCGUCCGACAGUUUAAAAAGAUUUUACAAUCAUUAUCCACUUGCUUUUACGAUCGGUUUCUCGCUAUAAUUUUUCGUUGUAAAAGAUGCAGUUUCACUGAACAAAUAUUGAAUGGAAUUUCGUAAAUAGGUUCCAUAUAAGAAAAUAUAACUUGGACAUUUACAUUUGGUUGCUUCAUGAACGGGCAGGAUUUUUUGAAAAGAGGUAUCUGAAAACCCGAGAUGAGCAAUACCUUGAUUUUAUCUGAACAAUUGCAUUUUAAAUAGAUUAUUUUUUAUUUUGGGUCUUGUUUUAUGCAUCUAUUUAUACAACCCAGGCUUUUUCAUUUCCAUUAGAGUUUUCUUGUGCUUUUCAAUUAAUGAUGAAAACUAAACAUCUUCUAUUCAAACUUGAAAUGUAAUUUUAACUUUAUGAAACUUUUAUUAAUAUAGUUUUACACAUCUGAACUCAAAUGAAAAGAAAAAGUACAAUGAAAUAAGGUAGAAAAAAUUAAUAAAACAUCCUCACCAGAUUCGUUGUUCCAAUAUCGAUGGUGCAAUGAUGUGCCAGAGUCAGCACUUUACCCCAUAUUGUAUCGCGUUGCCAGGACCCGGCAACGUUACACGUUUUGUCUAUGUAUCGUGUGACCAACAUCUUUUAAAUAUGUGCUCGUGAAUCUCGUUUGUAAGCUUUUUUUUUCCUCAGAUUUAGGCUUUUUUUGCCUUGAGAGCAUAGGAGAUGAAAGCUCAAAUCUGAAGAAAAAAACUUAAAUCUGUCAAAAAAGGAGAAAUCUGAGAGAUGUGCUCCACACGGUUUGUAUAACAUUGCCGGGAUGUGGCCAUCAAACGAAUGCGACCAAACACUUGUGGAUCAAUCGACUACCAUCAGACGAACACAUCCUGGCAAUUUUAUUCAAGCCCUAUGGACCACAUCUCUCAGAUUUCCCUUUUUUUGACAGAUUUAAGCUUUUUUCCUCAGAUUUGAGCUAUCAUCUCCUAUGCUCUGAAGGCGAAAAAAAGCUUAAAUCUAAGGAAAAAAGCUUAAAAACGAGAUUCACGAGUACACAUUUGAAAGAUGUUGGUCACACGAUACAUAGACAAAACGUGUAACAUUGCCGGGUCCUGCAGACGAAACGACAUGCAUUCUUCUUUGUGUGAUUGUCGAACGAAAUUUCGUGUCUUGGUCAGGAGGCGGCAACGAUACAGGAUUUGUCCAUGAAUCGUGUGACCAACAUCUUUUAAAUAUGUGCUCGUGAAUCUCGUUUUAAGCUUUUUUUCCUUAGAUUUAAGCUUUUUUUUGUUUUGAGAGCAUAGGAGAUGAAGGCUCAAAUUUGAGGAAAAAAGCUUAAAUUUGUCAAAAAAAAAGGGGGAAAAAAGGGGAAAUCAGAGAGAUGUGCUCCAUACGGUUUGAAUAAAAUUGCCGGGAUGUGUUCAUAAAAGCGCUCAAGACGCCAAAGCAAAUAAAUGAUUUUUUUCGAAAUGAAAUAACCCUGACCAUGAUAACGGCAUACAAUAUUUCCACGUUUCAAAACAUUACCCAAAAACUUUCUGUGCAGAGAUCAGAUCUAAACCAGGAGCUCAAGGAGGAAAGUGAAGAGGACUCGUGUGGUCCAAAAGCUGGAUCCGGCAAGACCGGCAAGAUGAUCCUUGCGGCGUUUAUCUCAUGAAAAUCACAGGAACGGAUAACUUAUCCUCAACUGUGCGUGAGUUAUGCAACGAACAGAAUCGAGUCAAAGAACUAGAACCGGAGAAACAUGUAAGUUUAGCACAACAACAAAAAUAAGAAGUGUUAGGAGUAGCGACGAAAAGCGUUGCCCGAGGAAAUUUUGAACCGCAGGAAAAGGUUGAACCGUCUUUUGAAACAGUGUUUAUAGGAAACAGGAAGCCAAGAAGCUAACGAUUCGGCGGAAGAAUCGGAUCUGAUCAGUUUGGAGCAAGCAUUGAUGCAAAGUUUAUUGGAGCGUAAGCAACGGAGAGAGCUGGAUACACAAACUCGCAAUUUUAGUAGUGGACCUACGAAGAAGCAGCUAGUUGCCCGUCAAGCUAGUUCAAAACAUCUCCUCACAUUCCGAGGGGGGUCGGAAAUCUGGCCCCAAUUUAUCAGUUUUUUUUAAUAUACUACAGCAGCUUGUGAGUUUACAAAUGUGGACAACUUGAAGAUACUUCAAGAUAGUCUGCAAGGUUUGGCGAAAGAAGCAGUUCAAAGCAGGUUGCUCAUGUCUGCGUCGGUACCGGAAGUGAUUAAGGAUCUGCGACAACUCUUUGGGAAUCCGGAGGAGCUGUUAAAGUCGCUUGUGACCAAGGUGCGGAAGGUGUCAGCAAGACGAGUAGACAAACUGGAAAGUUUUCUAUAUUUUGGAAUCCCUGUCAAACAGUUGUGUGACCAUUUGGUGGCGGCCAAGCUGCAGGACCAUCUAAGCAAUCCCAUGCUUAUGUCGGAACUAGUGAACAAGCUGCCGUCCGAGUAUCAGCUGGAAUGGACUCGCUUCAAGAGAGACAAAACUGGUCUUCCUCUUUGUAUUUCAAGAAUUAACAGAUCAAAAGAUACUGCCAUAAGGUCACGAAAUAAGAACUGUUGAAUACCAAUCCCACGUAUGAUAUUUUCCGCUAAAUGUAGUACUGAAUCCGGAGAAACCACAUAAAGUGCGCCUGGUGUUUGAUGCUAAAGCAUAUGGUAUUUCCCUUGAUUCCAUCCUCCUCAAAGGCUCCGAUCUGCUGGAAUCACUUCCGGCAGUCAUUCGCAAGUUUCGAGAUCGACGCGUAGCCGAGGGAGGUGACAUUAAAGAGAUGUACCAUCAGCUCAGGGUUAGAGAUGCAGACCAGCAAGCGCAAAGGUUUCUUUUUCGAUUCCCGCCAGACGAUCAUCCUACCGUUUUUGUCAUUGAUGCGGCCACUUUUGGCGCUGCCAGUUCUCCAUGCUCGGCGCAAUACGUAAAGAAUUGCACCAGUUUUCCACUCGUAAUCCAGCAGCAGCACCAUAGUACUUUGAAAUAGAUAAGGUAGGCUAUUCCGCCCUCUUCAACUGUGUUGUUGUAAGGCUCCAAAAAAUAGUUAUGAGAAUUGUUAGCAAAUGUAUGGAAUUCAUUUAAAAAUCUUAUUUUUUAAAGAAUUGAUAAGCAAUAAAAUUAUGAAAAUAAAUAUGAGCUUAUGCUUUUUAAUACCAUCAACUAUGUUUGGCUCUUUGAAUUAGUAAACAGUUUUAUUUGGUAGGUUUUAUGGCGAGUGGAAAACAAAAAUUUUAUUAAUAUUUGUAAUGUGAUAGUCAGUUCUUGUGAAGAUUUCCGAAGUAAUUACACAAAACGACUAAAAUUCAUCGAAUCAUCGAAUGCAGGAUUUUUUUCGUUAAUUUUAUCAUACAUUCGGGGACGACGACGAAAUUCUCUUUUUAGUGUUCACAAUUUACGUACAAUACUAGGAAAUUUAAUGCACCGUUUACCGUUUCUUAUUACCUCUGAGAAUCAAUCUUUGAUUUCAAGCACAUUCCAGAAGAAACAAAUGACUGAUAAAGACAAAAUCAAUUCCAUAGAAUCCAGUAAUAUUUCAUAACUAUAUUUUUGUUUGUAGUAGGAAUGCCGUGUACAUACACACACGGAGAUUCCAAAUGAGGCCUACUUGUUAUAUUUCAAAGUAGAUACUAUGCAGCAGCACAAGCCAUCGUUCACCGCCAUUAUGUCGAUGACUACUACAACAGCUUCAACACCGAAGGGGAGACCAUCGAGCGAACCAGAGAGGUACGUUGGAUCCACUCAAAAGGUGAGUGGACGUCUAGUUCUACAGCUGUUCUUCGAAGUUUGGAAGUGGAUGGUGGCUCCAGAGAGUCAAUCCAUUUGAACCAAUACAAGGUGACGGAUUACGAACGGGCUCUCGGCAUUAUGUGGGACACACAGAACGACGUGUUUUCUUUUGCGGUACCUACAAAAGCAGCGCCUUCAGAGUCAGAAACACCGGAGAAACGUGAAGUCGUAAGCACGGUCUUUUCUUUGUUUGAUCCGAUAGGACUGUUGGCUUCUUUUACGGUGCUAGAAAACACUCUUAUGCAGGACCUGUGUCGAGCGGAACUCAGAGCUACCUUUACAAAAGCGGUUGCCGUUGGAGAAAUCGAGUCCUCUCUUUAAGCUAGUUCCUUUGAUCGAUGCAGAUGGUGUGUUUAGGAUGGAACGGCGUCCCUAAAACAAAACGAAGUUCCUCCCUUUCGAACUUCGAUUAUUGAUUGUUUUACCAAGAACUCAAUGUGUCACAUAUCUUUUGGUUCAACAAUACCACGAGAGGUUUGGACACGGUUAUUGAAAAACGGUGAAGAACAAAAUCAAACAACGUUUCGUGGUUAGCGAUCUCACCAAUUUGAUGGUGUAAGGUCCUACAAUGUCUGUCAAAGAAUCUCAAAAUUAAGCCCUUUCAAACGGCCAUCGUUGGUCUUGAUUAUAUAGGUCCAGUGGAAGUCGUCGUUAUUUACCGCAGAGAAAAUUGCUGGAUCGUGAUGUUCACCUGUAUGGUAUUAAGGGCGGUACAUUUAGAAAUUGCCCACAGUCUAACUGCGCAAUCAUGCAUAAUGGCGAUCCGCCGUUUCAUCAGCCGCUGAGUUCCCGUUUCUGAAUACUUCUUGGACAACGGAACGAACUUGCGAGGGGAGAGUAAGGAGAUAAUCCAACUAGUUCUGGAAAUUGAUAAUGUUUGUGCCGGCUAAUUUACGACUGCUAUCACGAGCUGGCACUUCCCUUACUCUUGUAUCUACGGAUCCAGUGAUAGAUGCACUUUAUCCCAAUGUCUUCCUGCGUGGUUCAGAUCUCAACGAGCCACAUGAAGUCAUUGAACCUACCAACCCUGCGGAGGCACUUUGGGAUGCUUACAAGAGAUCGCAGCAGCUGGCCGAUGACUUAUGGAAACGGUGGAUAAAAGAGUACGUGCCGACAGUCAACCAGCAAUCCAAGUGGUUCUUCAAAGCAGAUCCUCUUAAGCAAAGUGUACGUUGAAGACGGAAAUCGACGCAAGGCCUGGGUUUGAGGAAUUAUCGAAUAACCUAUCUUCUCUAGUGACUCACGGGUACGUCAAGCUUUGGAGCGUACAACUAGGGGUGUUUUUCGAUGUUGGACGGAAAAUCUGGCUGUGCUUGAGUGUGCUGGAGCUGCUGACGAAGUCCAAAUGGUGGGUUCAGAGUGUGUCGCUCAUCAUACAACUAUUAACAUCGAUGGUAAAGCUGAUCCGGUGGCUCCAGAGAGUGGAUCCGGAUCAGGUUUACGGGUUAGGGACUGUCGAGCGUUUAAUUACAGUGCGACUCGGCAGUCCCUGUCAAAAUGGGAAAAUUGGAGUUCUGUCGUCAUAAACGGUAACAACAGAAGUAAAAAGAGAAGAAGAAAUAGCUUAUCUUUAAAGUGGGGUGUAGGAGUGAAGGUAUAAUUACAUGCGGCUACAAAAAAUUAUAAAAAAAUCCCUACAUAGUUAAGCUUAGUUUGUGAUCAAGUUCGAAAAAUUAUUUGGAUUCGAAUAAUACAGACAUCACAGCCAAGGUAGUCGAAAUCACAAAAUCUGUAAUUUCAAAUUUAAUUUGAUCUUAAUUUAAUUUAUUAUUUUUUAUUUUAAUUUCAAAGAAUUUCGAAUAAAUUUUCAUCACAGAAUCCAUGUCGCAGAACACAGAAUUUUGAAAUAUUUCACAGAAUUUUUUAAUUUUAGAAUGGAUUUCCAAAAUUAUAUUUUUUUGGUAAAAAAAAAUUCAAUUUCUUUCUUUGAAUUAGAAAUGUAUGAUAAGAUUAUUGAUGUUAAUUGACUUUCCCCAUCUCAAAUGUAAUAAAAAACAUCAUAAGUCAUGAUUUCUUUUUAUGAAAUUAAAGGAAAUAGCAUCACAGAAUUUUUGGGUAAAGUCACAGAAAUUCAAAUUUUUUUUUCAAUAGCACAGAAUUUUUUUUCGGCAACCUUGAUCACAACACUUGUAUAACCUACAAAAUUGGUUCAAGUGAUACAGUCGUCUCAAAAUUAUUGAUAAGGCUCUCGUCAAAACUUCAUCGAUUGAAUGGAAUUGCAUUGAUGAAAUUCUUCGAACAUCUUAAUUGAAUUCCCCCCAAACUGCUAGCAAGAGGAAGGUUUAUUAACCACAAAUUAAAAUCUCUAACCAGCAUAUACUUUGCUAGUCCGAGGAAAACCAAAUAAUUUUACCAUAUCAAUUCUCUGGGCCCUCACAGUAUUCACCUCAAAUUUUUUCCUUCAAACUUUACCAUUUGGUAGGGUUUCUAGCCUUUGUCCUAGACUGGAUUAAAAAUUUAUCUCAAAAUACAACAAAAACUACACCAAAACUAUAAAUUUAUUAAGAAAAAAAGUUGAACUGUCAUAUAAAUUGACCUGCUGCUUCCUAACGCUUUGUUUUAAUCAGGAAGAUGUUGAUUUCAAACAAUUGACAUCCUACUGAUUUCUUUAUAAAAUAUCGUUAUUGCAAAUGCAAAUCAAUGAUUAUGUUACUAAUUUGGGAAUGAAAAACUUAAAGAAAUACAUAGUUCAUUGAUGGAUUUAAGAAAAUAUUUAAAAUAAAAAAUAACUAAGCUAUUAACGAUCGUUUAUUUAUGAUUAAACCAAAUUUAAUUUGAUUUUUAAAAAUUCGACAGCUACAGUCAACAUCAUAAUAGUGUAAUUGUUAGAUGAAUGUUAAAAAACAGAUGUAUAGAUGAAAAUGAAUAAAACAAAACUAAAAUGGUUCAAAAUGAAAAACUAAAAAAAAAGAGAAUCGACAAAGUUGAAAUCUAGGCUACAUACACAGUUCGUUAAUUCUCGACCGAAAGCAGAGUGAAAGUUGCAACAACCAAAAAACUAAAAUGAAUAAAAAAAACCAUUUGUUGACCAUGACCAUGUGGGAAAAAUUGCUGUAAUGAAAGUUGUUCAAGUUAGUGUAAAUUUGUAAAUACGCGGAUGAAUGUAACACAGAAACAGAAAAAAAACAGAUCCUACUUACAACAGAAAAAAAAACGCAUACACACAGAAAUAACAGGUGUCUCUCCUUGUGCAAAUGUUGAUACUCUUUCUCUUUUCCCGUCAUACUUAAAAUACUUGAUAAACCCAUCAACACACACGCACACAUACAUACACGCGAAAAAUAGUCAUCAGGGGAAAUGGACAAAACAUUUAAAAUAGAAAAUUCAUCAGCAAAAAAAAAAAAUCCGUGAACCAAAACCGCGUGGAACAGAAAGUUCAAUGUCGCGGCGCAAAAAUUGUUCCCAGAUCCUGGAGAAAAGCGUUAUAAAUGGCGCGUUGAUAAAAUAAAACCAAAAUAAGUACCUACUCUAACAAAAUUGAGCGCAAGCAUGGGUAACAAAUAAUACGAACAAACAAAAAAAUAACCAUCACACUCACAAACACAUGAACAAAAUAAAAAGGUGAAAUCGAUUUAAUAAAAAUAAAAUGAUAUAUUUGGAUUAAUAAAA